AUGCCCAUCGGACCUAAUGACAGCCGCAAGAAAACGUUUCGGUGCGAGACGUGUGCUCUGAAGCAUGUGAAGUGUUCAGGGACGGUACCAUGUUCGUAUUGCCAGAAACGAGGCUUCAACUGCGUGUAUCCCGCCCCGCAGAAAAAACAUUUCAAUAUCAUAAUCGACCAGGGGUCUCGCAAGGUGAUCACUGGCAGUCACAGUCUUGUUCCGAGGAAACGGUUGAUUGAUUCACCAAGGGCCGACCCCCAGUUCGAUCCCAAUGCCCACUUUCUUCUGUACUGGGAUAGAUUUCUUCAGAAGAAUGCCUUUAGCCAGCAAGGGAUUUUGUCCUUUGAUAUUAAGCAAAUGGUGCAGUCCUCAUCAUCAGAGAUCUUCCUCAGGCAGUCUGUCUUGGCUUUGGGCGCACUCACGGCGACUAAACUGAACCCCCACCACCAGCUUGCUAAUUAUCGUCUGGCCCUCACAUUUUACAAUGAAGCCGUCAUUGGUCUACGAAAUGCGAUCGAGUGUCAAACUCAAAGCCCAGAACCACAAUUGGCGGUAUUGUGGACAACCAUGCUUUUGGGACUGUUUGAGCUCAUGGUCGAUCCGUCAGGGCAACGCUGGGUGCAGCAUCUUGUUCACGGAACGUCAAAGGCUCUAGUUGCCAUCGGGCCACAUGCAUGUGUAGGCUCGCUGCCGCAAAGGUUUUUCAUGGAAAUUAAAAUAUUCGAGGUCUGCAGAGCCAUUGUUUUCAAUGAUUCCAGUUUCUUAAUGCAAGGCGAGUGGAUUGCUUUCUCAAAGAGGGUCCAGUCCACGAUCGAUCCUAGCAAUCUACAUCCCUUUGAUGAUCUACUUGACAUAAUUCUGCGCUGCGCAUCGCUGCGUUCCCGGGUCGCUGAAUAUAUACAUGUCAAGCAGUUUCGCUCAUCAAACGGAGGUUCGCAGCAGGACGAAGCGCGCGAUAUUGCUAUUGAGGGCCUUCUACUGCGCGAUGCUCUAAAUGUGUGGCAGACUGAGAGCAUGCUUGAAUAUAUGAGCAAUGGCCGCCAGAAUCGAAGCUCAACCUUCGAUGACUUUGAUCUCCUGGCAUCUAUUUUUCAAGCUGCCACAAGCAUCUAUCUCUCUGGGGUCUUUGACUACGAGAUUAAUUACUGGGUUGAUCUGGGAGCUUUGCUUCCAACCUUGACCGAGGACGAUAUCCAAGCUCAC